AUGGCCCCCAUGCAGAAAAAGGUUGAAAAGAAAGGCUGUAAGAAGAAGGAGAUGAUUACGGUGGAAGUUAAGAAGGAAAUCAUCAAGAAGUACGAACAAGGUAUGCAAGUGGCCGAAAUUGGAAGAUUUUAUAAGAAGUCUAUGUUGACCAUUUGCAUAAUAUUAAAAAAGAAAGAAGAAAGAAGGGGGCUAGAUGCAGCAGAAGGAGUCACGAGAAUAUCAAAGCAACGGCCACGUGUUCUGGAAGAUGUAGAAAAGUUGCUUCUGGUUUGGAUAAACGAGAAGCAACUAGCAGGUGAUACUGUGACCGAGAACUUUAUCUGCGAGAAGGCAAAGGCCUUGUACACCGACCUCAUAAGUAAACUGCCAGUUUUUAACUACAAUGAGAUGGGGCUUUUUUGGAAAAAGAUGCCAAAGAGGACCUACAUUACAGAAGAAGAGAAUGCAAUGCCCGGUCACAAGCCCAUGAAAGACCGUCUCACCCUCUUGUUUUGUGCUAAUGCAAGCGGGGAUUUCAAAGUCAAGCCCCUGCUUGUGUAUCAUUCCGAGAAUCCACGAGCCUUCAAGAAAUACAAGGUGCAGAAGAGCCAGUUAAACACUAUGUGGAGGUCCACCAGCAAGGCUUGGGUCCCUCGUAUCUUGUUCGUUGAGUGGAUCAAUGAGGUCUUCGGUCCUGCAGUGAAGAAAUACCUUUUAGAAAAGAAUCUGCCACUCAAAGCCUUGCUGGUUAUGGAUAAUGCUCCUGCUCAUCCUCCAGGCCUUGAGGACGACUUACUGGAGGAAUUCAAAUUCAUUAAGGUCAAGUUCCUUCCUCCCAACAUCACUCCAAUGCUCCAGCUCAUGGAUCAGCAGGUCAUUUCGAACUUUAAAAAGCUUUACACCAAAGCACUGUUUCAGCGAUGCUUCGAGGUGACCGAAGGAAGAAACUUUACCCUCCGAGAGUUUUGGAAAAACCAUUUCCACAUCAUGAACUGCCUCAAGAUUAUCGAUAAAGCCUGGGAUGGGGUCACCAAGAGAACCCUCAAUUCUGCCUGGAGAAAACUGUGGCCUGAUUGCGUUCUUGGACAUUAG